AUGGCGUCCAAAAUCAAACAAGUCAUACUGGAUUUCAAGAAAGGUGGGAAGGCCUCCAGACAAAGUGAAGAAGAAUCCCACCUUCUGGAAGAAGUUGAAGACAAGAAGCCUGAGGAAGCGAUCAGAAGGAAAGUCAGGCGAUUUGUGUGUAACUUUCAAUGGACCAUACCUAAUAGACAUGUUGAUCACGAUGAAAGGGGAGAGGAUGUUGGAAGAUUUGUAGGGCAGGGGAUGAAAGCCAAGAAGAGUAAGGAGCAGCAGAUGAGGCCUUACGAGUGGUUCCUAACACCGGGACCUGACAAUCAUUAUGACUUUUGCCUCAUACCUUGA